UAAAAUAAGUACUCUUUACGACGCCGAAUAGGGAGUUUCGAAGUAUCUCUUAUCGGCUAAACUGCUAUUGGCGUUUGAUAGCCGUUUAAACCAUCUCCUUAAACCCCGCCUGAUAAAAAUAUCCGACAUGUUCCUUCGUUACACCUCCCAAUAUGGCAGUCUCUGCUAAAACCCCAACUACAUCCCUCCCUUCCUUAGACCCUCCAAACCCUCCAUUCUCCAAACUCCAUUCUUCUAAAUCUCUAAACUUCUCCCAUAUCUUCCAAAAAUCCCACCUUUUUUCUCUUAAGAAAACACACCAAAAUCCCCUCCUCAGCUCCUCCUCCACCUCAACUCCUACCACUGACCCCAAUUCCCACCUUAUCCAAUUAUGCUCCCAGAACCUUCUAGAACAAGCCAUAAUAUUCUUAAAAUCAGUAAAAGAACUUCAUGGGACUAUCGAAGAAGAAACAUUUGUUUCUUUAGCUAGGCUUUGUGAAUUCAAAAGGGCAUCUAAUGAAGCAUGUGAAGUGUUUUCAUGCAUACUUAGCUGUAUGUCCCAGUUGAGCUUGAGGCUGGGAAAUGCAUUGCUAAGUAUGUUUGUUAGGCUGGGGAAUUUGGGUGAUGCUUGGUAUGUGUUUGGGAAAAUGGAGGAAAGAGAUGUUUUCUCUUGGAAUGUUUUGAUUGGGGGGUAUGCGAAAAACGGGUACUUUGAUGAGGCGUUGGAUUUGUAUCAAAGGAUGUUGUGGGUUGGAUUUAGACCUGAUGUGUAUACUUUUCCUUGUGUUUUGAGGACUUGUGGAGGCUUGCCUGAUCGGAAAAUGGGUAGGGAGAUACAUGCUCAUGUUUUUAGAUUUGGGUAUGAGUCGGAAAUUGAUGUGGUUAAUGCUUUGAUUACCAUGUAUGUGAAAUGUGGUGACGUGUUUAAUGCAAGGAUGGUGUUUGAUGGAAUGCCUAGGAGAGAUAGAAUUUCCUGGAAUGCUAUGAUUUCGGGUUACUUUGAGAAUGAUGAAUUUUUGGAAGGGUUGAAGUUGUUUUCGUCGAUGAGGGAAUUUGGAUUUUUUCCGGAUUUGAUGACCAUGACAAGUGUGGUUUCAGCUUGUGAGGCUCUUGGGGAUGAAAGUUUAGGGAAGGCGCUUCAUGGGUACGUGUCAAGAAUGGAUUUUUAUAGUGAUGUUUCAGUACACAACUCUCUCAUUCAACUUUAUUCAGCUAUUGGGAAUUGGGAGGAAGCGGAGAAGAUCUUUGAUAGGAUACAAUGUAAGGAUGUAGUUUCAUGGACUGCAAUGAUCUCGGGUUAUGAGAGUAAUGGGUUUCCUGAGAAGGCUGUGGAGACAUACAAAAUGAUGGAGCUAGAAGGUGUCAUGCCGGAUGAGAUUACUAUUGCUUCUGUUCUAUCUGCAUGUACUUCAUUGGGCCUUCUAGAAAUGGGUGUUAAGCUUCAUCAACUAGCCGAAAGGAGAGGACUUACAGCAUACGUGAUUGUUUCAAACACUCUGAUCGACUUUUAUUCGAAGUGCAACUGUAUUGACAAGGCAUUGGAAAUUUUUCACAGGAUACCGGAUAAAAACGUCAUAUCUUGGACUUCUAUCAUUCUUGGUCUACGGAUUAAUAAUCGCAGUUUGGAAGCUUUGAUUUUGUUUGGUCAGAUGAAACGCUAUCAGGAUCCCAAUUCUGUUACCUUAGUGUCUGUCCUCUCUGCAUGUUCUAGAAUCGGUGCACUGAUGUGUGGUAAGGAAAUACAUGCAUAUGUAUUGAGGAACGGAAUGGCAUUUCAUGGUUUUUUACCCAAUGCACUCCUUGACUUCUAUGUGAGGUGUGGAAGGAUUGGCCCCGCACUGAAUCUGUUUAAUAUGCAGAAAAACGAUGUUACGGCUUGGAAUAUUUUGCUGACUGGCUAUGCUCAGCGAGGGCAAGGUGCACUGGCGGUUGAGCUUUUCGAUGGAAUGUUAACUUCAAAAGUAAAGCCUGACGAGAUUACUUUCAUUUCUCUGUUACGUGCUUGUAGUAGGUCUGGGUUGGUGAAUGAAGGCCUUGACUAUUUAAAUAGCAUGGAGAGUAAAUAUUGCAUUGCUCCGAAUCUGAAGCAUUAUGCUUGUGUGGUUGAUCUGCUAGGCCGUGCAGGUCUAGUGGAGGAUGCUUAUGAUUUUAUUCUAACAUUGCCUAUGAAACCUGAUUCUGCUAUCUGGGGGGCUUUAUUGAAUGCGUGUAGGAUCCACAGGCAGGUUGAACUUGGAGAACUAGCUGCUAGACAUAUUCUUGAAAUAGAUGAGAGAGGUGUUGGGUAUUAUGUUCUCCUAUGUAACUUCUAUUCCGACAGUGGCAGAUGGGAUGAAGUUGCUACGUUAAGGAAGAUUAUGAUAGAAAGAGGACUAACUGUUGAUCCUGGUUGCAGCUGGAUAGAAGUAAAGGGAAAUGUACAUGCAUUCCUUAGUGGUGAUAAUUUCCACCCCCAAAUUAAGGAAAUCAAUGCAGUUUUGGAAGGAUUUUAUGAAAAAAUGAAAACAGCACGUCGUAGUGAAUCAGAAAGAUAUAUAGUAAGUGAGGUUGAAGAUUCAAAAGCCGAGAUCUUUUGUGGACACAGCGAGAGACUGGCUAUUGCAUUUGGGCUUAUAAAUACUGCUCCAGGGACACCAAUUUGGGUCACAAAGAAUCUCUAUAUGUGCAAGAGCUGUCAUGACACAAUCAAGUUUAUCUCUGAGGUUGUCCGGAGGGAGAUUUCAGUUAGAGAUACUGAGCAUUUCCACCAUUUUAAGGAUGGAAGAUGCACAUGUGGGGAUGAAAAUUAUUUGGGAGAAACUUGAAAUUCAUAACAGGAGAGAAUCAAUUCACAGUUAGCAAAAUAGAAUCUUUUGCUUGUGAACGGGCAGCGCCAGGUUACAUAGAAUUGAAGCUGAAUUAGCUCCUGGCUAGAGACUGCAAAAUCACAUCCACAGUCUGGCACUGCACGUCUGUUGCUUCCGCAGAUAACAUCAACUGCCCUUCUGCAGGAAUGUUUAUUUCCCUGUGGUAAUGAUCUUGAAAGCUAGAACAUUGUGAAAUGUUUGCAAUCUCAAAAGACAAUUUGGUGAUACUCAA